UCAAACACUGUUGACAGCUGUUAAUUCAUUAUUUGUAGAUAGUUUUAUAUUCAGCAUGAUUAUGAUUACAUAAUGCUAUUCGCUUUGAAAAUAGACUAAAUUCUAUGUAGUAUAAAAAAAGUAAUGUCCAAGGGUGUAUAAAAUAAAUUACCACGUAUAGCGUGUUGCAUAUAUCGUGCAAUGCAUUUCAGCCGUUUUGGAAUUUCAUUUGUCCAUUUUUGCCGACGUACCUGUCACGUUGCUGUCAUCAACCUAACCUCGAACAUCCCAAAGUUUACUCAAAGCACUCGUCAGUUUUCAUUGGGUUUUUCAGAAGUUCCUUCGUCAUCACGUUUAUUGAAAGAUAACAUGAAAACGGAAGUAGACAGGGGUCAGUAUGUGCUACCAAAUGAUCAACCUGUUGUGACACUUGAAAUAACAUCAGCGUUCAAUGGAUUAUCAAAAAAGGAAAAGCUUUAUGCACACUAUAUCAGCAAAGCAUCAUGGCAUGGAGGCUUGGUAACCUUGUUGCAAACCAGCCCUGAAUCAGGACCUGCAUUUGUCCUCUUACAUAAAUUGUUUUCUGCUGAAGACUUGGAAAAAUUCAAGGCGAAAGUCAUUGAUGCUGGAUUCACAGAGGAUGAGUAUCAAGCUUUGCUGGUAUAUAGCUGUGGAGUAUUCUGCAAUGCUGGUAACUACAAAGGAUUUGGAGAUACUAAAAUUGUCCCUAACAUGGAGCAAUCUCGCAUGGAAGGGAUGUUGAAAUUGAGCACAAUAUGGGAUCAACUAAAACCUCUCUGGAACAGUCUUAAAGAUACUCUGUUCGAUCUAAAACCUGGAAUAACAUGUUUGGGCUAUAACCCUGAAGGAGUGACUACCUAUUUGUCCAAGAACUGUACACCUCAGGACACUGAUCAGGUGCAAGCAUGGUUGAAGACAGAAAAGAUAGAGUGCUACAACACAAGGUUAUUUAAAACUGAAAAUAACGGCAAGAUUACCUACGAAAUUCGUCUUGCGUCUGAGCAAAAAGGUGAAAUUAAACAGUUAACUGAUGGAAACAUAACUUACGUAAUUACCCGUGGAGAUUAUUCGCCUUUGAUGGGAAAAGUAGCAGACUUUUUGGAAUCGGCAACUAGUCAGGCUGCGAAUGACACUGAAAUGAAAAUGCUUAAAGCUUAUGUUUCAUCGUUCAGGACCGGUUCUCUGGACGAUCAUAAGAACGGAUCUAGAUUUUGGAUUAAAGACAAGGGACCAGUUGUGGAAACUUAUAUUGGUUUUAUUGAGACUUACAGGGACCCUGCUGGUGUAAGAGGAGAAUUUGAGGGUUUUGUGGCGGCAGUAAAUAAAGAAAUGUCUGCCAAAUUCACAACGUUGGUAUCCAAUGCUGAACAUUUCCUCACGUUACUCCCUUGGAGUAGAGGAUUUGAAAAGGAUGAGUUUCUCAAGCCUGAUUUUACGUCAUUGGAUGUACUAACUUUUGCUGGUAGUGGAAUACCUGCAGGCAUCAACAUACCUAACUAUGAUGAGAUUAGGCAAGCUGAAGGAUUCAAGAAUGUAUCACUAGGAAAUGUCAUCCCAGCUAGUUAUCAGAUGUCAAAGACCCCUUUCUUGAGUAAAGAAGACGCAGAUCUUUUACAAAAAUGGAGGGUUCCAGCUUUUGAACUCCAGGUGGGCCUUCAUGAACUGCUGGGACAUGGUAGUGGCAAACUGCUCCGUCGAGGUGAUGACCACACGUUCAACUUCCCAUCUACCUUGCUCGACCCACUUACUGGUGAACAUCCUGCUUCCUACUAUGAACCUGGUGACACCUAUGAUACCUGCUUUGGUCCUCUUAGCUCUACUUAUGAAGAAUGCAGAGCUGAAGCUGUUGGAUUAUAUUUGAGUCUUGAACCAGAGGUGCUAAAAAUAUUUGGGCAUGAAGGGCAACAGGCAGAAGACGUUCUGUACGUGAACUGGUUGUCACUGGUCUGGGCAGGUGCUGGAAAAGGAUUAGAAGUGUGGGAGCCAGGAAGAGGAUGGUUGCAAGCUCAUGCACAGGCUCGCUUUGUCCUGGCCCGCGUUCUCAUCCAAGCAGGUGUCGCCAGAAUGAUCCAGACAUCUGAAGACGACCUUUUGUUAACGCUGGAUCGCUCAGCUCUUAAGGGUGCCGGCAGAGCAGCCAUUGGCCGAUUCCUACUCCAGUUGCAGGUGUACAAGUCCACAGGAAACAUCCAGGAGGCCAAGAAACUGUACAAUCACUACUCCGAGGUGACGGAGCCGUGGAUCAGCUGGAGGAAGAUAGUGAUGGCCAAUAAGCAGCCUAGGAAGAUGUUCGUACAGGCCAAUACAAAAAUCGAAGGAGAUGAGGUAAAAUUGAAGACUUAUGAUGCUUCCGUAGAAGGCCUGAUUCAAUCUUGGACUGAGAGAUUUGAAGAUCCUAAACCUUUAUAUCAGGCACUUCUGGAGUUAACAAAGGCUGACUCUCACCAUUUUCAAUGAUAUUAGAGUAUUUAUAUUUUACGCGCGUCCAUAACUAUGGUGUAACAAUACUUUUUUACUACUAAUCAUGUGUCUUUACCUUAGUGAAACAUGAAAUAGGAAAAUAAAUUGUUUUUAAUAUGC